CCGGGAUCAAAACGGGAGGAGGCGAGAGGCGUCUGAGAAAGCCGAGAGGCGAAGGCAAGACGCUCCAGUCUGGGGGCUAUGGUUGCGGCUUUGAUCAUUUCUGAGCUUCUUCCAGCAUCCAGACUAUUGGGACUCUAAUUUUUACAGACAGUUACCAUUCAGCUCCUGGCGUUUCCCCCUUUCUCCCCUUGUCUCCUCACUACCUUCCCUUUCCCCCUUCCCCUGUUAUAAAACUCCAGUGCAUCGUGAGAUUGCCAUGGAGGCUAGGGAGUCCCUAGGCAGCUCCCGGCAAAGGGGAGGCGAGGCAGAUUUCCUGCCGGCCACGGUUGCCUCUGUGAAGCCUCCACCUGCUUCCAGCUGCACGGGGGAGACCAUGUUGCCUGCUUCAGGCUCUGGGAAAGGGAUCGCAGUGAGCGGGGAACGAAUGGAACCAGAAGAAGAGGACGAGUUGGGUUCUGGGAGAGACGUGGAUUCCACUUCCAAUGCGGACAGUGAAAAAUGGGUGGCAGGAGAUGGCCUGGAGGAGCAGGAGUUUUCAAUUAAGGAGGCGAACUUUACAGAGGGGAGUCUGAAGCUGAAAAUCCAGACCACUAAGAGAGCCAAGAAGCCCCCUAAAAACCUGGAGAACUAUAUCUGCCCACCUGAGAUCAAAAUCACCAUCAAGCAGUCUGGGGAGCAGAAACUCUCCCGAGGUGGGAAAAAUAGCAAAGCAGCUAAAGAGGAGGACAGAGGACACUCCAAAAAGAAGGUUUAUGACAGGCCCCCAAAGCAUUCUGCUCUGCACUAUGACCCAGGCCUCCAAAAGGACUUCACCAGCGAAACCUUAAAAUCAAAGCACCAGCAAAAAAGCAGCAGCCAGCACCAUCUUGACUGGUCAGCAAGCUCUGACCCCGGAUCUGCUUCUCAAAGCUGCUUCCUCAAUACAGAAUCCAGCCGAGAAGCAACUAGUGCCCCAAAGGCUUCUGCUCAAGAGACAGUUGUUUCUUUCAGCAAGUCUCAAGCAAAGAAAUCUGGUGCAGGAAGCACAUGGAGUCAGUUGUCAACCAAUAAUAAAGAGCUGGCUUUAUGCCCUGCAGUUCCGUCACCAAAUAACAUCACUGCAGCAUCUCAGCCUAGCAAUCCCUCCGAGUGCAAUGGGCUUUCACCUCUAGUGGAUAAAGAGGGAGGCGGUCAAAUGGAGAUCCCUGACCAACCCAUUGGGAGCUCAAAGAAGAAAUCCAGCAAAAAGGACUUGAUAAAUCAAAGCAUCCAAAACACAGAUGUAGAAUGGGUGAAAAAUGCCCAAAAAGCAUUUGAGAACAAAACCCAUGACGGCAUAGAAGGGAAAAAGGAAUCUUAUUCAGUGGACAAAAUACUAGAAGCAUCACCCUCGAGGCCGAACCCAAGUUCGGCCAAUGGUUCUGAGAGUGACACCAGUCACGUACGAAUCACUAUCCCAAUAAAGACUCCGACAGCAGAUAUGUCUGGCCACAAACGGAAAAAAAGGCAAUCUGCAAAAUCUCCAGCAGAUAAAACUAUCCAGGAAAAAAGCCUACCUUCUGGACUUCCCAUGAGCUGUGAAGUAGCAAACAGGACUAGUUCCCAACUGGAGGGGAGUAAAAAAGAUCUCCGAGUCACAAAGCAAGGGAAAGCUCCUGAGAACGAGUCUCCCUUGGCAGCUCUUGAGAGCCCUGACAAAGCUUCCCCAAACAGUGCAAGCAGGCUUAGAAAAUCUGCAGCUGCAACAUCCAUGCCUACACUUACCAACCUUCCUGCACCUAGCAAAUUGCCAGAGAUCCAGCACCCAAAACUUGCAGCAAAACGGAGAUGGACCUGCAGCAAACCUAAAAACAUGCUUCGGGAAACCUCUGUGGCUACAUCUGAGAAGCUGAUGGUGGAGCCUCCUUCAGCCUAUCCCAUCACGCCAUCUAGCCCUCUGUAUACCAAUACAGACAGUCUUACUGUGAUUACACCCAUCAAGAAAAAAAGAGGACGGCCAAAGAAACAGCCUUUGCUCACUGUGGAAACCAUCCAUGAAGGAACCUCCACCAGCCCGGUCAGUCCAAUCAAUCGAGAAUUUCCAGGCACAAAGAAAAGGAAGAGGAGACGGAACCUGGCCAAGUUGGCCCAGAUGGUCCCAAUGGAAGACAAAUCUAUCAGCGAACUGAAGUUUCACAAAAAGGUCGGCAAGCUGGGCGUGUUGGAUAAGAAGACCAUCAAGACUAUCAACAAGAUGAAGACCCUCAAGAGGAAGAAUAUUUUGAACCAGAUCUUGUCCUGCUCCAGCAACAUGGCUUUGAAAACAAAAGCCCAGCCACCAUCCAGCACAGGGGCUGCAACCAUCGAUGCCAGACUAGGGAAACAAAUAAAUGUCAGCAAGAGGGGGACUAUCUAUAUUGGCAAAAAAAGGGGCAGGAAGCCGAGAGCAGAGCUGCAGCCCCCUCCAGAAGAACCGAAGACAGGCAUCAAGCACUCCAGGCCUGUUUUGAGCCAGCCAGAAAACCCAGCAGUGCCUUCCAACUUGCAGUCACUUGUGGCAUUGUCACCAGCAGCUAUUCAUCCGCUUUCAACGCAGUUAGCGGGGUCUAAUGGCAACCUUAGCCCUGCAAGCACUGAAACCAAUUUUUCAGAGUUAAAAACUAUGCCAAAUCUUCAACCCAUCAGUGCUCUUCCCACAAAAACCCAGAAAGGAAUGCACAGUGGAACUUGGAAGCUGUCUCCACCCAGGUUAAUGGCUAACUCACCUUCCCAUCUGUGUGAAAUAGGUUCUCUGAAAGAAGUCACGCUGUCACCAGUGAGUGAGUCUCACAGCGAGGAAACCAUACCAAGCGACAGUGGAAUAGGUACAGACAACAACAGUACUUCUGACCAAGCAGAAAAAAGCUCAGAAUCCCGCAGGAGAUACUCUUUUGAUUUCUGUACCCUGGACAAUGUAGAGGCCAUACCAUCCGACACCAGCACAAAGAACAGGCAUGGUCACCGGCAGAAGCAUCUCAUUGUUGAUAAUUUUCUUGCUCACGAGAGCAUUAAGAAGCCAAAGCACAAGAGGAAAAGGAAAAGCCUGCAGAACAGAGACGACCUCCAGUUUCUUGCAGACCUCGAGGAGCUCAUCAACAAGUUUCAGGUGUUCAGGAUCUCCCAUCGAAGCUACACGUUUUACCAUGAAAAUCCAUACCCCAGUAUUUUCAGGAUUAAUUUUGAUCACUAUUACCCUGUGCCAUAUAUCCAGUAUGACCCAUUGCUCUAUCUUCGCAGGACCUCCGACAUGAAGUCUAAGAAGAAGCGUGGUAGACCUGCCAAAACCAAUGACACCAUGACAAAGGUGCCUUUUUUACAAGGGUUCGGUUACCCUAUUCCCAGUGGGAGUUACUAUGCACCCUAUGGAAUGCCUUACACAUCAAUGCCUAUGAUGAAUCUUGGUUACUAUGGUCAGUAUCCAGCUCCUUUGUACCUGUCCCACACACUUGGAGCAGCUUCCCCAUUUAUGAGGCCCACAGUGCCCCCACCCCAGUUCCAUUCAAGCUCUCAUAUGAAGAUGUCCACCACUGCCAAGCAUAAAGCCAAACAUGGAGUGCACCUGCAGACGCCUGUGGGAAUGAGCCUGGGAGACAUGCAGUCCUCCCUGGCGCCUCCGAAAGCUGGAGGAACAAGCCUUUCUAGUGGCCGACUUCACAAAAGAAAACACAAACAUAAGCACAAGCAUAAGGAUGAGCGGCUAUUGGGGGCACAUGACGAUCUGAGUGGUCUUUUUGCUAGCAAAUCCACCGGCUUCUCCAGCCACGCAAUCAGUGAAAGGCUAAGUGGCUCAGAUAAAGACCUCUCGUUGCUCAGUGAGAAAAGUAAGCAUAAGGAGAAACAGAAGCACCAGCAUUGUGAAACGGGACACAAAGGCUCAAAGAGUAGCUUUGAAGUGGAUACUCUGUCUACGCUGUCGCUUUCUGAUGCCCAGCAGUGGACACAGAGCAAAGAUAAAAGUGACUCGAGCAACGAUCCCCUUGACUCUUGCACAAAGAGAUACUCGGGUAACAAUGAGAAUAGUGCAAGGUCAGAGUCCCUGGACAUGUUUGGUGAAAUCAGUUGCUCCGGUGAGAAGCGGGACAACGACGCGAAUGGGAAUAAAAGACGAAGCUUUGAAGGGUUUGGAACUUACAGGGAAAAGGACAUUCAGUCCUUCAGGAUGAAUAGGAAGGAUAGAAGUACUUACGAUUCUUCAGCCUCUUCAGUGUGCAGAUACAUUAGAGGAUCUCAACUAUUUCCACAUCUCAUUUACAUAAUGGAUGGGAUUCCUAUGGAAAAGACGCACCCUGGAGGCACUAAAGUUUAUCACAGAAUAACAAGUCCCCACUUAAAAGCAGACCAGACUUCACUUCAUAGUAGAAUAGAAAGUUCUGCUUGUAACAUGAUGACUAGAAGGAAACCAGCAGCUCUUGAAAAUGUUGCCGUGCCACCAACGCCAGUGUUAUCGCUCCUACCUUCAUCAGCAGCAACAUCUGACGCAGCAGCCAGCUCAUCGCUGAAAAAGAGAUUCAAGCGUCGGGAAAUCGAAGCAAUCCAGUGUGAGGUGCGCAAGAUGUGUAACUACACCAAGAUCCUGUCCACCAAAAAGAACUUGGAUCACGUGAACAAAAUCCUGAAAGCCAAGCGGCUGCAGAGACAAUCAAAGACAGGCAAUAACUUCGUAAAGAAGAGGAGAGGGCGUCCCCGGAAGCAACCUUUCUCGUUUGACGAAGACUCUAGAGACCAAAUGCCAGUUCUGGAAAAAUGUGUUGACCUUCCCAGCAAACGAGGUCAGAGACCCACCUUGAAUCCUUUAAUACUGGAACAAGCAGCCAGUCAAGAUACAGUCAUGGCCACUAUUGAGGCGGUAAUCAACAUGGCUCGAGAGACACCACCGCUUCCUCCUCCUCCCCCACCUCUUCCUCCGCCUCCCCCUCCCCUUCUUCCCCGGACACCACGAGUUGGAAAGAGAAAAAACAAACCACAUCUGCAACAGCAUCAAGAAGAGGAGGAGGAAGUGAAAGUGAAAAGGCACCGGAAAGCUAGAGGAAGUGAAAGCGAAGUUCUUCCCUAGUACAGACACAUCCCUUGGAACUCCAGUCUUGGGUGCUGAGCACUUCAGGACCGACACACUGCAGUGCAUAAGAGGUGUAGGUUCUGCCUGACAUCUGCCGCAGCAAUCA